AAUACACCAUUGAAGUUCGUUGCCAAUAACGGUUAACACCACUGAAGAAGAAAAUCUGAAGUCAUCUUGUGGUAUGUGCGUAGGAAGUAAAUAACGUUUCAAAGUGUUCUUCCUCCAGUCCAGGGUAAGGAGGUUGAUACCUGGCGGGUCUGUCUGUUAGUAUGUCGUCCAGGAGAGAACAGAGUUCCAGGUCCCUUUUAUUCGGCCUGCUGGUUCUACUGCUCAGUGACGCCAUCUCCUUUGCACACGCUAGUAAGAGUUUUGAAGAUGUGCGCUGCAAGUGUAUCUGUCCACCCUACAGGAACAUCACCGGACACAUCUACAGCAGGAAUGUCUCCCAGAAAGAUUGUAAGUGCCUCCAUGUGGUGGAGCCCAUGCCAGUGCCGGGCCAUGAUGUGGAGGCCUACUGCCUGCUGUGUGAGUGCAAGUAUGAGGAACGCAGCAGCAACACCAUCAAGGUGACCAUCCUCAUCUACCUGUCAGUGGUGGGCUCCCUCCUCCUCUACAUGUUGUUCCUGCUGCUGGUUGACCCUCUGAUCCGUAAACAUGACCCCUAUAUCCAGCCCCUUCACAACGAAGAGGACUCUGAGGACAUGCGGCCGCAGCCUGAGGGUGCCAGUGCUGCUCAAGGAGGCAGAAGUAACACAGUACUGGAGAGGGUAGAGGGGGCACAGCAGCGGUGGAAAAAGCAGGUCCAGGAACAGCGCAAGACUGUCUUUGACCGACACAAGAUGCUUAGUUAAACCCCAAUGGCUGACUUCAGAUCAGAGGCUAGUCACCUCCUGAGCUUUGUCCACAUCUGCUGCUGUUAUACUGUCAUUAGCUACGUCGUUGUUGUUCAGGAUUUCAAUUCCUUUGCCAUUUCAAUACAUUCCCAGCACCUUUAGGACAGUUUAUGUACAGUAAUGCUGUUUGGAAUGAUGGCUGGCCCAAUUGUCCUUUGUUUCCAAAAUGAUGGUUGCAGUCGUGACUCCUAAGCUAAAGAAUACAGAUGUGAUAGAAGUGUACCAAAUGAGGAGAAAACAGCAUAAUGCAAGUUAUAUCUUCAUUUCUGCGUCAUACACUGAGUACAAAACAUUUAGAAUACCUGCUCUUUCCAUGACAUAGACUGACCAGGUGAAUCCAGGUGAAAGCUAUGAUCCCUUAUUGAUGUCAC